AUGCACAUCGUUGUCCGUGUUAUGGAGAAAUUGCAUACUAUUCAGCAACCCAAGGCAGGUAUCAUCGCCAGUCUAACAAGACUACCACAUUCUCCCAACAAGGUGACACCAGAAAUUCAAGCCUUCAAAACCAGUCAAGACCUGGCAUCAGCUUUCUCAGGACCCACGGACCGCCCCGCUGAGGCUAUGACUACACGCCAGUUCUUGAUACAUCAGAGCUAUAGAUGGAAGAUACUAGAGGAAGACCGUGACGACGGCGACAAAGCUCCUUGGUAUUGCUUCGAUAUUAUCACACAGGCAUUAUACGACAAAGACUUCAUCCCGGAUGAUGACAAGUUUUACUUCUGCCAUCUCGACCUCUAUCCACGAAACAUGCUCGUAGAGAUUGAAGAUGAUUCCAAGCUCUCACUCACCGGACUGCUGGACUGGGAUGCCCAGUUCGCAUACUUUUGCCCCAAGUUCGUCGCUUAUCGUGCGCCGUUCUGGCUGUGGGUAUCAGGUGGCCACGAGUACAAUGAAAUGAUAGCUGCAGACGAGCCAAAAGACGCUGAUCACCGGCGAUUGAAGAGCUUGUGGGAAGAAGCGGUGAGUGUCGAGUGGAAGCGGUACGCCUACGAACCGGAGUAUAUGAUCGCGAGGAGAAUGUUUGCUCUGCUCCGAGAUGGCAUUCGUCAUGAUGGAGACAAAGAGGAAGCCAGGUCUAUUGUCGAUGAGUGGCAGAAGCUGCAUUACGAUCAGAGGCUUGCCACAGCGUACGCGAGUGACGAGAGCGAUGGUGCCGAGGCAAAUAUGGACGUUGGGGACCAAGAUGAAGGCAUAUACACGUUGGCUCAACAAGACCUUGAGCUCGACGAUGUGCGGGACGAGGAUGACGGGGCUAUCGACUCGCAUGACUAA